AAAUAUUCACAGCUGCAGACCUGCUAUAAAACCAGCUGGAGCAACUCGGCAAUUUCAAAACAAGUUUAGUUAAGCAAGAUCAAGUUCAAUAAAACUCAUUGAGAAUAAUCACCAAAUUCUAGACAUAAUGUGUGGACAGCCUUCAGCUCUGAAUCCUCUCGUUUCUCAAAAACUAAAGAAUCUUUUUGAAGGAGUUUCUAAGCUCCAGAGUUCAAUUCCAAAAGAUGUUGAUCUAAGAGGUACAGAUAUCUGCCUUGAUGACCUACAAGCAAUAUCAGUCCUGCCUGAGACCCUGUACCAGUACUCACAGCUGUUGAAUAAUUUAUCGGAAGAAUGGGAUAAACUACUACUGACUAGUGAUGAUUUGGGUACAGUAACAUCUUAUGAUGGAAGUGUAUUCAACCCACAAGAAGUAUCACUAGUACUGGUGAUACACUGUAUUAUAUCAGAUAUGGAAAUGUUGUUAACCAAUAUAAAUGAAUUGCUGUCAGCUGCAGCUCCAAUCAAUUACACUGACUUCAUUAACAAUGUGUAUUUCCUUGUUGCUCUACCUCAGUUUCUCUGUCAGAUGACUCAAAAAGAAGACUCAAGAGUUUUCCCAUCGCAAUCGAUUGAAAGUCAUCUGAAAACCAUGACACAAAAGCUACCGAACUUUUUCGAAAGACUUCAAAUUAAUACAAAUGUACAAUGAUAUUCAUUACAUUUAUUAUAUCAAAGUUUGCAUUUGUAGUAUCUGUGGUUUGUGUUUUUUUACUAAUUAAUUAAUAAUA